AUGGAGGAGAAGUACCAGCUCCUCUUUGCUGGCGUUUCCAAGCUUUCCGCUCCAUCCAUCCACGGCUUUCGACGUGGCCUCGAGACCUUGUUGCAGGUGGUGGAGGCCCUCUCUGGCGAGAGUCGCGCUUGGACUUGGGCUCCGGGCUUCUCGAAUGGCGCCCCAGUCGAUCUCUGGAUCGAAGACGUCCCGAGAUUUCCUUGGAGGGGCCUGCUCUUGGACACUGCUCGCCACUUCGCUCCAAUCCAGGUGAUGGAAUCUUUGCUUUUCAGCAUGGCAGCGAGUAAGCUCAACGUGCUCCACUGGCAUGUGACAGAUGCCAUGAGCUUCCCCCUGCAGCUCGAGUCCUUGCCACAGCUUGCGCAGCUGGGUUCCUUUGACGCGAGCAAGACCUACACACAUGCGGAUGUGAGGCACAUUGUUGCCCUGGCUGCGAACCUCUCCAUUCGAAUCGUCCCAGAGCUGGAUAUGCCCGCUCACACUGCCAGCUGGAUCUUCGGCGAGCCGGAGACAGUCUCGAACUGCACGCACGUCCUACCGCAGGACCCAAACGAUGCCAAGAAUCGUUUCAAAGCCAGGGACAAGCUGGCAUUGGACAUCUCAUCAAAGCGGACCAAGAAGGUUGUGUCUGCAAUUCUCAAAGAAAUGGCUGGCCUGUUCCCGGACGAGUUCUUUCACGUGGGAGGAGACGAGGUGGAUUUUCGAUGUUGGACAACCAUGCCGCACAUCGCGGCCUGGAUGCGGAAGAAAGGAUUGGGGGCCUCCCAGGCUCUGCAGAACUUCUUCGAGCACGUCUUCCAAGAGGUAAAGCGCUUGGGCAAACGUCCAAUCGUCUGGCAAGAUGCCUUCGACCAGGGUCUCAGGCUGCCCAAGGAGGCAGUUGUGCAGCCGUGGAAGUGCUGGGGCAGCGUGGGCCCAGGAAUGCCCUGGUGGCCCCAGGCGGAGCCGGAGGCGCAGAUCGGCCACGCCUCGGCCUUCGCCGCCACUUCCAUGGGCUUCUCCGCUGUGCAGAGCAGUUGCUGGUACCUCGACUGGAACUCGCAGUGGACGGACUUCUACAAUCACACGGCUGAUGAAGGUCCCCUGGCGUCCACGCCCUCUGACCGGCUGCUUGGAGGCGAGACGGCACUCUGGAGUGAGCUGAUUGACUUCACCAACCUGAACUGCCGCGCAUGGCCUCGCGCCGCUGCGGUGGCCGAACGCCUCUGGUCCGAGAUGCCACGCUCCUUCAGCAGCGACGAGGUGGAGCGGCGCUUGACAAGACACAGCAGCCGGCUUCAUCGACAGGGCGUGGCAUUAAGGCCGCUCACAACGUCCCACGAGGAUUGGUUUGAGGUGCCCGAGAGCCUGCAAGAUGUGGAAACCACAUGCCCUCUCCUGGUCAGUCAGGCCUUGUGUGGUUUUGAAAAUGAACGGCAUCAUUUUCAGCCGGCACUUGUCGAAACACUCCAAGAUGUUUUUGCGGAAAGCUCGCCAGGGUGUCGGAACUGUGAAGGAGACAGCUUUGUUGUUUUGCCGCAGCCAUGUUUGCUUGCAGCCAGCACAGAUGUCACAAAUCCUUUCCUUGGGACGUUCCGACCAUCCCGGCAGUAA